AUGUCUGCACCGACUUCUCCCAAAUCCUCAUUGGGGUCUGCAGGUCGACCCAAACUCGGAGAUCAUACGAUCCCUAUUGCGGGGUCCGGCCACACCCGUAGCCUUUCCGGUGAGGUCAAGCCCAGAAGCCAACGGAGGUCCAUCCAAUUUAGCGUCGACUCCGCAGAGGCUCAGUUGCCUACUCGUUCGUCAAGCUUCAGGGAAAAGCGACUUUCAUAUGGGGAUACCCCGACGAGGGAAUUAUUGGAAGAGAAGGAACGGGAACAAAAGGCUGCCCAAUUGAACCGAGGGCCAUCUCCACCACCGCCGAAAACCUACGAGCGAGGAGUCUCUUUCGACACUUUCGACAAUUUUGAUGCUACCGAUUUCUCCCUCACAUUAAACUACAAACACAAAGGCUACCAGAGCACGCGUCGUAGCAGGACUUUUUUGUGCGGAACUGACCAGAACGAGUAUUCUGAAUUCGCCCUCGAAUGGCUCAUUGAUGAGCUGGUGGAUGACGGGGACGAGAUCGUCUGUCUUCGAGCGGUGGAGAAGGACUCUCGCAUAGCCAGCGAUGUCGGAAUCGAGGAAAGAAAGUACCGCGAGGAGGCCGAAAAGUUAUUUGAGCAGGUAAUCCAGAAGAAUACCCAGGAUGAGAAGGCCAUCAGCUUGGUCCUGGAACUUGCUGUGGGCAAGGUUGAGAGCAUCAUCCAACGCAUGAUCCGCAUAUACGAGCCUGCAAUGCUUGUAGUCGGUACACGAGGACGCAACCUGAAAGGAAUGCACAGUCUGCUUCCAGGCUCCGUGUCCAAAUACUGCCUCCAGCAGUCACCCAUUCCGGUGAUAGUCGUUCGGCCCUCACCGAAGCGCGAAAAGAAAAAGAAGAAGCGCCGCGCAGACCCAACGCGGCGCAGCUACAACCACAUCCUGGAAAUGAGCGAGCAGCGCGGCAGUCAGAUCUUCGGCGCCAGCGCCAGCAACGAUAGUAGCACUUCGAUGCUGCCAGACGAGGAGGCUGCAGUGGCCAAGGCACUUGGACUCCCCGCAUCAUACGCGAAUGCGGCCUCGCGCAGUUCUUUGUCGGUCUCGGACCGUAGUAGCAUUAGUCACGACGACUCUGACUCGACGUACCCCAUUAGGAACUCACUGGAUGCAGUGGUCAUGUCGAGUCCGGGUAUCGGAAGUCCAGCAGCUAGCUCUCUAGAGAGUGUCGUUACUAGCAAUAGUGUUCAGCCGUCUCCUUUGCUGGACAGGAUUGUGAUAUCGCCCUCUCCAUCCGAUCAACCCGGCUCUCCUAAGGUAGACUCAUCUACCAGGGUUGACAAGCCAGAUGAGGUGACCGAGCCUUCUGAUUCAACCAAGAAUCCCGCGUCUAUCCCUACAAUUGAAGUGUCAGAUAACAAUGGCAAGCACGACAACACGAAGGAAUCUGAAUCCUGA